AUGGCCAGAUCAAAGCACCAGAAAGGGGACCAAAGCACAACAGGCCAGAAACACGAGACGGAGCACGAGGCGUCACCUAAUCCUCGGCGGAUCAAGACUGAGAAACAACAGACGCUUGAGGAGUCGCUAGAGAAUGACAAAGGCCGAAAAACCGAGAAAACAGACAGCAUCGCAUCCAAACAGGUGGACAAGUCGGAGGCCCAGAAGCAAAGCGCCGUUAGGUUAGGAGAAGAACCAGAUGUCCCCCCCAGCAUACUAGAGAAGGGCAUCAUCUACUUCUUCAUUCGCGGGCGGGUCAACAUUGAUAAUCCCGAAAGCGUUGAGGACAUCGCGCGAACGUACAUCUUGCUGCGGCCAAUCGAGAAAGAUGCGAAGCUCGGAGACGGACCGAUCGGUGAUGCACGCAACAACCGUCUCCUCGCGCUUCCCAAGAAGAAACUUCCGCUCAGUGGAAAAGAUCGCUUCAUGAUUUUCGUGGAGAAGUCAAAUGCUUCCUUUAAAAACCUAAAGAAGAGUUUCCUGGCUGGAGCGGAUUAUGAAACGAAGACAGUGGGAACGAGACACACUCCCGCGGCUAUCCCAGUUGGAGAGGGCGUAUAUGCCCUCACCACUACAGGACGAGAGAGUCAUUUGGUCUACAUACUCACAAUUCCCGAGAAGUUGGAUUCGGCGCAAAAGGAUUUGGGUAUAAAGGAGAAGGGAAGUUUCAUAAUAAGUACCAAAAAUCCAAACUAUGCCGGGCCGGCGAGUGCAAGACUUCCAAAGAAUCCUAAGUUCCCCGCUAAGGUUAUCGACGAAUUUCGGUCCCUCCGAUGGCUCCCUUCGAAGCCUGUUCACCUAGACUACCCAAAUUCCCAGCUACUCCUCGUGGGAGAGUCUUCUGGUGUCAAAAAGGCUCUAGAACCACAAGAAAAAGAUGAGGGAAAUGGCGCAGAGAAGCCGGAGGAAUUUAUGGAGAGCCUUGCAGAGGAAGACCUUCAAAGAAUGAGACAUCUAACUGGCCAUCAAUCAGAAUCUAUAUAUGCCGACCUCCAAGCUCAAGCAGAAGGUUAUCCUCAACUUAAGACAACUUUUUAA